AUGGUGCGUCUGAAUCCACGCGCUCCGGCGCUGAUCGCCUGGAGUUUAAUAUUACUCUUUAUUGCUGCCGGUGCGGUGAUUUUGAGGGUGAUUUCUACACGAAGGCGGCAUCGGCAGUUCAAAAGCCAUGAUUAUCUCGUAUUCUUCUCACUGGCUGCCUUGACUGGAUAUGUGAUAGACGUACUGACUGGGGCGAUCAUCGGCGGCUAUGGCGGACACACAUCGAUAAUGGCUUCUCACCACCCAGAACAGUUGAUAAGUGCCUUAAAGACAUUCUGGGCAUCGGAAUGGUUUUGGGCUACAGCAACAGCCUCCUUUCGACUCGCCAUUCUGCUGCUAUAUAUUGAGAUCUUCCCCAACAGUCCAGUCUUCUUCUGGACAGCAAUGGGAGUGGGAGGCUUGGUCUUCCUAUACUGGGUGGCCUCCAUUUUGACAAUUGCUCUGCUGUGCCGCCCGGUCGCUUACAACUGGGAUCGCACUAUUGCAGGUGUUUGCGGGGAUGUGAUCAAGACCGAGUACGCCUCUGCAGGAUUCAACAUGGGGAUCGACCUAGGAGUCGUGCUGCUGCCUCUGCCAAUCGUAUGGCGGUUGCAUAUGUCAAGUCGCAAGAAGACCGGUGUGACUGCGUCGUUUGCACUGGGAGUACUAACGGCUGGUAUCAAUCUGGGCCGCAUUAUACAGACCAAGCUCUGUCCAACCGACGAUAUCAUCUACUGCGCUAGAGACAGUUCAAUCUUUGUCAUUGCCGAGAUGACUGCAGGAAUAUUGGUGGCCUGUGUGCCAACCUUGGGUCCUUUGAUCUUCCGUGGGCGCCGUGUGCCUUCGGCGCGACCGCACGACUUGCCCACCAUCGGGUCUGCUCGCACCCGUCCACGCCGCCAUCUGGCCAAGUUUGAUUCCCUCCUCUCGACCCUUGAUCGCAGCCACGACGAGGAGAGGAACAUGGCAUGGAAUGAAAUUGGGGAUACCGGGGCACCCACAGCGCAUGCAGUUGCUGGGCCUGGACACAAAGGAGCAGAUGGAGGCAUCUUGGUGACGCGCGAUUUGGACGUGCGUAGUCUGAAUCCGCCCCCUACCCCUAAAGUGGACGCCGUUUGA